AUCAUUGCCAAAUAUUAAAGGAAUAUAUAUAGUAAAAAUCGUUCGUUUGCGUCUGAAGACCGUGACCUUCGCUGGGCUUUGUGGGCCGCUUUCAUUGCCAUUGCCAGUGUCACGAAGCGAGUGAAAAAAAUCAAUGGAAGACUUGACGCCGUUAACCAACCUUCAACAGAUCGGAGAGAGCGCGAAACGCAAGCCGAAGAUGACAGAACGACAACCGUUGCUGCUGCAAAGCGAUAACUCGGAUUACGAGGGCAAUCGAAGCGGAAACGGCUUAAUAAGGCCGCCGGUACGCAACUCACCGCCGGACAGUACGCUGGUCAAUGUGCACAGCGAGGAUAGCAUCGCAGUGCACGCCGCAGCCGCUGAUGGUGGUGACGAUGACCAGAGCAGUCAGAUAGGCGAUGAAAAUGCCAAAUCAAUGUACAAUCCCACACAACAUCGUACACUGGAGUAUCCCACAUCAAACUUUGACACGUUGGUGCAUCUACUGAAGGGAAAUAUUGGCACUGGAAUUUUGGCCAUGCCGGAGGCGUUCAAGAAUGCUGGCCUCUAUGUUGGCCUCUUUGGCACGCUGAUUAUGGGCGCCAUAUGUACGCACUGCAUGCACAUGCUGGUCAACAGUUCGCAUGAGUUGUGCCGGCGACUGCAGCAGCCAGCAUUGGACUUCUCGGAGGUGGCCUUCUGCAGUGUAGAGACGGGACCGUUGGGCCUGAGACGCUAUUCGCAUUUGGCCAGGCGUAUUGUUACUACAUUCCUGUUUAUUACACAGAUUGGCUUCUGCUGCGUCUACUUUUUGUUUGUGGCUCUCAAUAUUAAAAAUGUAGUGGAUCAGUAUUUCAAGAUGGAUGUGCGCAUAUAUUUGCUGCUGUUACUGCUGCCCAUGCUGCUGAAUCUGGUGCGCAACUUAAAGUACCUGACGCCUGUCUCUCUAUUUGCUGCUGUGCUCACCGCCGCAGGUUUGGCCAUUAGCUUCUCCUAUAUGCUGCACGAUUUGCCCGACACUCACACGGUUAAGCCCGUUGCCACCUGGGCCACAUUGCCCCUGUAUUUUGGCACCGCCAUCUAUGCAUUUGAGGGCAUUGGCGUUGUGCUGCCAUUGGAGAACAAUAUGCGGACACCUGAGGAUUUUGGCGGAAAAACGGGAGUGCUCAAUACGGGCAUGGUAAUCGUGGCCUGCCUGUACACCGCUGUUGGUUUCUUCGGGUAUCUCAAAUAUGGCGAGGGUGUUCAAGCGAGCAUUACGCUAAAUCUCCCCCACGACGAUGUUCUAUCGCAGAUAGUCCGAAUUUCCAUGGCCGUGGCCAUAUUUCUGUCGUACACACUGCAGUUUUAUGUGCCCAUCAACAUGGUGGAGCCUUUUGUGCGCAGCCACUUUCAAACCACAAGUGCCAAGGAUGUGGCUGCCACUGUUUUGCGCACAGCUAUGGUCACAUUUACCUUUUUAUUGGCUGCCGUCAUACCCAACCUGGGCAUCAUUAUCUCCCUUGUGGGUGCUGUCAGCAGUUCUGCUUUGGCGCUAAUUGCGCCGCCUAUUAUUGAGAUGAUAACAUUCUAUAAUAUGGGCUAUGGUCGCUAUAAUUGGAUGCUAUGGAAAGAUUUCCUUAUAAUGAUCUUUGGUCUGUGCGGUUUCAUUUUUGGAACGUGGGCGAGCUUGGCACAGAUCGUAAAGUAGACAAAAUUGCCCCAACACUUACUCCAAUACUUGAAGAUCGUGUCGAAUUUACGACGAAGGCUUUACUGUAGAUUUUACUACAACUCUAUAAUAAGUUAUAAAUAGUACAUUUAGUUUUUUGCUUUUGUUAAUGUACCCAAAGACGUUGACGUUUACAGGUGCUUAUCGGUCCAGCAGUGCUUCGAUUUUAUUUGAUUGUAGAAUUUUUGUGUAUUUUGAUUUAAUUUAUUUGAACUUAGCGCAAUUACUCAAUUCAAUACCAGACAAUAAUUAGACUAAAUGGUUUCUUUUUUUAAUGUGUUUUUUUUUUUUAAUAAUUUGUUUCCAUAUGUUAUUUACAAUGUUGUGUUUAUACUUUUGUGCUAAGUCAUGAAUCGCAAAAUGCCAAAAAGUGAUUUCGUAUAGUAUUCCUAAACAACUAAUGCUUAGAUUUAAAUGUUUAGGGUUUUAGUUUAAGGUCAGCGCAAUUCUUUCCAAUGCCAGUGGCCAUUUUGUUCUCACAAAAAAAAAAACAAAACAAAUGAU